CGUGUACCCAAAUGCCCCUUCUCGAAUGUCCAUGUCAUCAGUCUCUAUCCAGCCUAAAACUUCAUCAGAAAGAAAACUAAACCCUAAAAGUAUCGAAACAUAGAUUAUCUACAAUAUCAUCAUCCUCAAUUCUCCCAACACAUCAAGAAAAAAAAACCAGUAUCUUCCCACUCAUUUCAUCAACCAUGACAGGCACACCUGAAGAAAACCAACCUCACCAACCACCUCCAUCGUCACCACACAAAGCUGAUCAAUCAGAAAAAUCUCACCAAAUUCCAAUCACAGGAGAAUCAGCAUCAGCGCCAUUUACACCGACUGAUGAAGAUACCAAGAAGUGGGGGACCCAUAUCAUGGGCCCACCGGCAGUCCCCACCAUCCACCCAGACAACCAGAAGGCCGCCUUGUGGGGGGCGGAUGACCACCAGCGCUCCCUCCACCACCAGCCUUACCUCCAGUACUCCCCUGUUGACAAGCCCAUCACCAACCCUCUUGAACCCGUCAUUCACAUGUUCAAUUCCUGGAGCAGCAAGGCCGAGACUGUUGCCCGCAACAUCUGGCACAACUUGAAAACAGGAUCAUCAGUGUCAGGAGCUGCAUGGGGGAAGGUUAAUCUGACAGCAAAAGCAAUAACAGAGGGUGGAUUUGAGUCUCUCUUUAAGCAGAUUUUCGCAACAGACCCUAGUGAGAAGCUGAAGAAGACAUUUGCCUGUUACCUUGCCACGACGACUGGCCCUGUGGCCGGAACCCUCUACUUAUCAACGGCUCAUGUGGCUUUCUGCAGCGAUCGUCCAUUGUCCUUUACUGCUCCAUCUGGGCAGGAGGCUUGGAGCUACUACAAGGUUAUGAUCCCGUUAACAAAAAUAGGGUCGGUGAACCCAGUGACCAUGAGAGAAAAGCCAUUGGAGAAGUACAUUCAUAUUGUUACAGUGGACGGCCAUGACUUCUGGUUCAUGGGUUUUGUCAAUUUUGAGAAAGCAUCGCAUCACCUCACAACCAGCGUUUCAGAAUACAGAGCAUAGAGCAUAGGACCUGCAGUGGAAAAACCAGUUGCUAGCAAGCAGAUAUGAUCAUGUUCAUACUUGGGUCCUUCAUCCCCCUUGGGAUUUGACGUACUUGCCUCGUCUUUUGAGUUUCAGAUAUGAGUUUUUGUGCAUCAGUUUGUUGGUUUGUAAUUUAUGAAAUAAAUUUAUAGAGUUAUAUAUACAAUUUAUGUUCAUGUAUUGUAGCAUUUGUUUGUUGGUUUGUUAGUUCACAAUCCAUGUAUACAUUUAUACCUAGUUUUGGACGAGUAUUAUGUUAGAGAUAAAUUAAUUUUGAUCCUCUUUGUUUAAACAAAUCCUCCAACCCAGUAAAAGGGUCAAAUAUUGUUUCAUUGGACUGCAUUACAUAAACUACACUUUUUAUAUUGACAAAAAAAAAAAAAAAAACACAAA